CCUAAGAUGGCGGAACUCGUGUAACAUGCGUUUGAUCGAUCGAGCCAAAGCAAAAUAUCAUGUCGAUGAUUCAUUACGCGAGGUUAAGGGGACUAAUUUGGAGAGUAAACAGACUUAACUUUAACAACCUUUCAAGGAAUAAACAUUUGUCCAAAGUUGUGACAUCACGGCUUCAUGGUAAUGUCCAAUGCUGGAACAAACUGAACUUAUUUCGAAGAUCUUUCAGAGCGUCGGCUCUACUUCACCAGGAAGAUAGCGAUGUAGAUGAAAAAAGUCCAGAAAUUGUUGAAGGUACCAGUGGAAUCUCACCAACAGGUGUCGAUCUCGAUACAAUUUUCAACGACGAGUCUUCACUUGCAGAUCUCGAGUCCUCAAAAGUUGAGAGUGUUACCGAUGUCUAUGAGUUCGAGCAACCGAUUCCUAAGUGUCUUGGUUGUGGAGCUGCUUUCCAAAGUGAGGAUCCCGCGCAGGGUGGUUACGUUAUGUUUUCAAAGAAUCCGGUCACAGGUGACAAAAAUCCGGUAUCUGAGUGGACUGCCAGAACGCUGGUUUGUCAGAAGUGUUUUAACUUGAAACAUUACAAUGAGCCCUUUCCCAUUACCAUAACCUCAAGCGAAAUCAUGGAGUACUUGGGGAACAUAGAAAGAAGAAAAGGAUUAAUCCUCUAUGUUGUAGACAUGAUGGAUCUCCCUGGAAGUCUUUUUCCGAAUCUUCUGCAAACUGUAGGUGAAACAAAAAGGAUCAUUAUUGUUGGCAAUAAAGCUGACAUGCUUCCAGUGGAAGGAACGCAUACUGGAAAACAAGAGCAACAUUUGAGAGAAGUGCUCUUAAAACUGUGCCAAGCUCAUGGCUUGCAAGGUGCUAACAUCAAGAGUAUGUGCUUGAUCAGUGCCAAAACUGGCUAUGGUAUCACACAACUGGUGAGCAAAAUCAGUGAACACUGGGAUGACAAGGGAGACAUUUAUCUUAUUGGCUGUAGUAAUACUGGAAAAACGUCACUAUUUAACCUGUUAUUGGAUUUAUUUAGUGUUCAUAAGAAUGCUGACUUAUUGCAGAGGGCUACAGUCAGUUUAUGGCCAUGCACCACACAAAGAAUGAUAAGGUUUCCCAUUGGUCACAUGAUGUUAAGAAAGUUGUUGAGGAGAAUGCAUGAAGGUGUUUAUGAGCAGAAACCAGAUGAUGUAGAAUAUCAAAUUGAUGAUGAGAUCAUUUCCAAAGAAGAAACAAGCUACCGAGAGAAAAUGAAGAAAAAUUAUAUUGGAAAGGGUAGUUCAACAGCAUUAGUUCCUUCUCAAACAGGCCUUGAUCUUUUUAAGCCAAGUUUUGUGAUGUAUGAACCUAACACUUCAAACAAGAACCAGAGAUGGCUGUAUGAUACUCCAGGAAUUAUCAGUGAACACCAGAUCACAAAUCUCUUGACCAUGGAGGAGCUAAGACGCUUGAAUCCAAAACUGUGGUUUGUACCCAGGACCUUUAUUCUUAAACCAGGCUUUUCCUUACUACUUGGUGGCCUGGCCAGAGUGGACUAUCUCCAGAUAAAAAGACGCAGUCCAAACGGUGAAUGGGAUGCCAUUCCAAAGGCAAUCGAGUCUGUCUUCUUUACUGUUGUCGCUUCUCCUAAUUUACCAGUCCAUAUCUGCAGUGAGGAACGUGCUGUUGAAGUUUACGACAAACACGCGGAGACAGAACUACUUGGGAUACCAGUUGGUGGUAAAGAACGCAUGGAAACGUUUCCCCCGUUAGGAUCACAAGAAUUCACCAUUAAGGGAAUAGGCUGGGAUGCGAGUGCCGCUGAUGUGGUUCUUUCCAAUGUUGGUUGGGUGGCUGUAACAGCAGGCAAUGAUUCGUUGGUGACACUGGAAGCGCACACUCCUAAUGCAAUUGGGCUCCAUGUUCGACAGCCGCCUUUGCUACCAACUAGUGUGAGGGCAAGAGGUAACCGUGGAGUCAAAUAUCAAGGGCACAUCAGUCGUGAACGAUAUGAAGCCACGCGGAAAAGGAACCCUCAGUUUAUAACCAAAGCACGGAGGCUGAUACCCGCAGAAUCUCAGUGGGUCGAAGAGAUCACGAUUAAAAGAAAACAACAGAGACUUCUGUUCAAAGUUGAACGGCGAAAGAGAGAGAAGGAAUACAAUCUCCUGGAGGGGAGCGCUGUCAGCGAUCCUCCAAACAUACCAGGAGCAUCGUGGCUUCCUCUUCCCAGGAGAAAGUUAGAAGACGCAGAAGAAGAGGAGGAGGAACUCAACAAACUCACUGAAUAAAUUUCCGACUCGAAUUGAUCGCCUAAUAUAUUUGAAAACUAUCGUUACGUAGGUGUUUUGAUUUGAACUGACACACGUGGGUACACCCACUUGAAAAGUGUCAAGAGUUUAGCAUGUUAAAAAUUGGACUCAUGGUGUAUCUGCGCUUGCUUGACAUUUUGAUGUAAAUUAUCUUGGGAGAGUUGUAAAGCAAUUCGUUUCCAAUUAUUUACUCGCGGUAAGACAUUUGAAGCGCUGACUCUUAGGGUUUGAGCCCUUCGUCUGAUUGUGGGUUGCGUGUAUGAAUACAUAUGUAUAUUACGGUCAAUGGAA